AUGUUCACCGCCUUGGCCACGGCGGUGACGGGAAGUGAGGCUGCGUGGGCGCAGGCUGUGGCUUCAAAGCCCAACGUGGAAGUUCCAGACCGCAUCAACUCGGACCCAUAUGAGCUUAUCGGCAUGGAGAACACAGCGGACAAGAAGGAGGACUACAAGACCUUCUACAUGAAGUCCAAAUACCGCCAGGACACAUACCAGGUCAUGAAGCACAUGAAGAUCUCGGCGUCAUUGGACAAAGGCACCCCCAACAUGGAAAAGUGGAACAGCCGGGUCAAGAAGGAGAUGAAUGACUGGCUGGCGCUCUACCGUCGCCAAAACCUGUCCGUCGGAAGGCAGAGCUACUACUCCCUGUACUCUGCGAUCAACACGCUAGCGAGCCACUUCACUUCCUACGGGCCGAAGUUCCCUUUCCCCAACAAGAGGAGGCCUCGCUUCUAUGAGCUUUGCAAUCAGGUGGAGAAGUACCUCGAGAAAGGCAAGUGA